AUGCGCGUGAAGCUACACAUCCUCCCGCCUCUCCCCGAGCGCAAGGUCGUGCUCCCACUUCAACCGGGCGUAACGAUCGGCGCCUUCGCCGAAGGCGUCGCGCUGGCUCUCAUCGGCGGCGCGGUGCGCGGCACCGAUCUACUCCUGGAGAUCGAUGGCUUCGAGCUCCUGCCCGACACGGCCGCCGAUAUUCUCAACCCCGACGACAUCGUGACCGUGCGCCUGGGAGCAGGGGCGAAGCGCAAGCGUAGUGCCAAGCGCGACUCGCCGCGCAAACGUAAAGCUGACGGCGACUCGUCAUCCACUUCGGCGACAGCGGUCUCCAUCUCCCACACUUUCCCCACGGCUCUUCGCCCCAUCCCCACCGCCCCACCAGGCCAGGGCAGCGGCAAAACGCACAACCGCAACGUGCGGCGGCGCAUCAAGCGCGACCGUGAGCGCGCCGCCGCCGCUGCCGCCGCUCUCUCCGCUCCCUCCUCCCCGGCCGGCGCGCUUCCGAUCGAAACUGGUGCCAACGCCGCCGCCGCCGUGCAAGUGACGACAACGCGGGUAGACCCCGCCUUCGUGCCCCGCGACAUCGCGAAUCCCAAUAAGAAGCGCGGGUUCCGCGACGCUAUGCUCGGCGUGGCGGCCACGCGGGUGGUGUACGAGGACGACGCGAGCAGCGCCAGCCCCGCCGCCGGGGCAGGAGCUAGAGCGGGCGCUGGAGGAGCAGGGGCUGGACCGGGAGAGGUCGCGGCUUCGAAGCGCGAGACGGGGCCGACGAGCGAGGCGCAGGCGCCCGCGACGCCCUCGCCCCCCGCCACACCCAUCCGCGUUACCAUGCCCACGCAGCGCCGAUUCGUGCCCCCGAGCGAGAUGGAUGCGCUGCCAAGCAACGUGUUCGUCACAUCCCGCGAGUUUGCGUUCAAGAAGGACGACGACCGGCGGCGCGCCGACGCGCGCGCGGCCAAGACGGCCGCGGUUGCCAAAGCGCAGAGGGCGCAGGUGCAGGCACUAGCUGAGGCGGAGGCAAAGGCGCGGCGCAGCCUGCGCCACCAGGCGACGCGCGCGUCGCCGGUGUAUGCGCAAGAGGACGAGGAGGAGCGGGAGUGGACGGCAGAGGAGGCCGCGGCGGCGGCGCUGUUCGCGCGCGCGGAGCGCACCUUCGAUGCGCUCCCGCCCGCGCUGCGGCUUCGCGUCGGCGACGUCGCGGCGUACAAGGCUACCGAGCUCAAUAUGGUUACGUACAGCCCCGAGCUGCGGGUCGUGCUCGCGCGUGUCGUGCGUGUGGAUGAUGGGAGUGUUAGCGUCCGCACGAUUCCCCGACCUGAGGGAGUGGGGGCGGAGGAAGUGGAGAGCGACGUACCGCUCGCGAUUACGAAGGAGUGGCGCCUUCUCGAGAACUAG